AUGCCUCAAAAAUGGACGAGCAACGAGCAAGAGGAAUUUCUCACCUCUAUGUUGGAAGAAUUUCGCACGCGCGCCGCAGGCAAGAAAUACGAGGAGUUCUGGAAAAAAGUCAACAAAUCAUUUUUUGAGAAAUGGCCAGAGCGAAGGGCCCUCUUUGAUCAAGUAAAAGAUUUGGCAAACACUGUGGAAAGUCGUGAACAGCAAAUAACUACAUGGUACCGUUGGCGGAAAAACCCUGCUCGCCUGGGCCGCACGAGUGGUGUUAAAGGAGCUUUGAAGUUCGACACUGUGUUAGCUGGUGGUGUGGAACUUAAGGGGACCCGCGCACCGCAAAAACUGGACAUUUACUCCUACAAAUACUAUGAAGAAAAAGUCAAGGACACCGCAGAUGCCGAAAUCAGAGUACAGAAUGUUACUCACCGCGGGCCAAAGCUGAAUAAGCGCCGUGAGGUCACGCGCCGUUUGUACUCUGAAGAAUGCGAGGACAUCAAGAAUAAGGUUGAAAGGCGUUACCAGAAGGCAAAGGCAAAGCAUGCAAAAGCACGUUUACGCCAGAAGUCGGGGAAGAUGCAAAAAAUUGACGACGCAACCAAGAUUAAGGCCAUCCGUGAGCUCGGUCCUAUGCUUGAUCGGAUCCUUAAAUACCUUGCACAUGCCACGGGUGGGUGGAAGUUCACAAUCCUUAUGGGAGGGAAGGAUCCUAGCACUGGAGAGGUGUCUGUGUUCAACUAUCAUGUUGGCGAACUUGAGAGUGGGGCACAAUUUGAUCAGACUUACGCCAAAUUUGAUGUGGUGCAGGCUGCAUUCCUAGCCUUCGUCAAAGACGCUCUCGCAUUUGAGUCGACACUGCCCCAAGACUCAGAUGCUGAGGAUGCAGAAGAUUCAUCAUCAGACUCGCAUGAUGGUUCAGAUGAGGAGUGGGCGACAACGAGCGGCAGUGAGCAUAGUGAGGAGGGGGCGACAACGAGUGGCAGUGAGCAUGGUGAUCGUCGUGUGGAAGAAGAGGACUUGGAUGAUCUCCUACCAAACAGCGCCCAUCGAAUCAACACUGCGGGCAUGUACCGGAUGACUCCUCAGUCUGAGUCAUCCAUCGACGAUUUUGGCGCCGCCAUAGCAUCAACUGAUGCAUUACUUCCAUGUGCGCAAAUCUUGGGUGAUGCAUCAUCUGGUUCUCAGCUCCCGAGUGAUUCCCACUUGGCUUCGUUCAACAACCCUCCCAACCUACCCGUGUUUGACCACGAAGUGUUUACUGCUCUCAUCAAUGACCCAGAUUUCAACAUCAGCAUUCUGGAAGCUCUCCCCGAAGCCCCCCCCCUUCAAUCCAACCCAUAUCCUGAAUCUUUAUCCCUCCGGCUCCUCGCGCUGAUGAUACAUCAUCUAACCAAUAUUCCCAAGUCAUUAUCCUCUCCGGCUCCUCACGCCCAUGAUGCAUCAUCUACUCGAUAUCCCGAAGUUGUUAUCCCUCCGGCUCCUCCCGCUGAUGAUGCAUCAUUUGCCCAAUAUUCGCAAGUCGUUAUCCCUCCGGCUCCUGAUACAUCAUCUGCCCAAUAUUCGCAAGUCAUUAUCCCUCCGGCUCCUCCCGCUGAUGAUGCAUCAUCUGCCCAAUAUUCUCAAGUCGUAAUCCCUCCGGCUCCUCGUGCCGAUGUUGAAAAUAUGGGAACACCCAAUGAAUCUGAUGGUGCUGGCGCUGCACCAACUUCAUCAGUCCAAGCUGGAGCUGAGCGUCGUCGUGGAAGGCGCACACAACAACGUUCACAACUGACCGUGCCCACUUCCUCGGCAGAUGAAAUCCAACCACUCCCAGAUGGGCAUCGCCGAGUGCGCAAACCCUUCAAUGCAAGAGAACGUGACAACGAUAUUGGCGGGCCAACGAAAAUUUGUUCUGCAUGCCCGGUGCAAGCAGACGUACAGGAAGACGCUCAGUUCGAAGUUCAUACAUUCAAGGCGCAGCGGUGUUUCAGUUCUGCGGGAUAA